AUGGGGUUCCCAAGAAGUACUUUAUCAAUUACCAUUUCAAUAUCAAAAUGGGAGGAAGAUCUUCUCAAAAAUGCAGAUGCUGUUAUAGAUAAGUCCCCAAUGGAACACCUCUAUACUGGUGUGUUCUUUAAUCAAAAUAGAAAGAAGUAUUGGAUCGACAAGGCAACAUUUGGCAACUGCUUCAUGGUGUUUGCAAGGGAGCUUGGAGUCACUCGGGGUGAUAACAAACGCUAUUGGAAUUGGCUAAGCAUUAAAGAAACAAGCGAAGUGUUUAUAGACGUUUUGGAAUUGCUAAACGUUUUCUGGUUAGCGGUGGAGUCGAAAUUUGACACAACCAAUUUAACAACAGGAAUGAAUUAUGACGUUGUAUUUGUGAUGAUGAUUAAAGAACAUAGUUACGGGUGGAGAGCUCCCGUCACUUUAACACUCAUCCUUCCAGACGGAAACAAACAAGAACAUGAAGAAAGCUUGUUUGAAAAGCCAAGAUCGCAGUGGUUUGAGAUUCAGGUGGGAGAGUUUAUGGUGGAACCAAAAAACGAUGGAAUUAUCGAGUUCAGUUUGAGUAAAAGUAAAGAGAAUUGGAAGAGAGGUUUAGUCGUCAAAGGUGUGGUCAUCCGACCAAAAAAGUGA